AAUUUUCCUGGGCCUAGUGGAUCAUCGUCGUUCUCAUGAAGAAAAAAGGUCAGGAAAGCCCCUAAAACCCCUCCCUGCUCAGUUCUGCUUCUCCGAUCUGCUAAGCCCUCGAACCAGGUUUAAAAAUUUGCUUAAAACGAGGGGAAAAUGCCGCUGGGCCUGAUAUUAGGGAUAGGAAGGGCGUUUCGAAGGAAGCGUACCUCAUCGCUCGACAUUCUCUCGUCGAAACGGGCCCCAAGAGAUUACUACAAGGGAAAGAAUUGCAAGUCUACGGGUUUCCACACUCGCAAAGGUGGAUAUGUUCUGAUGCAGGAGAAGUUACCCAACUAUGUGGUUCCUGAUUUGACUGACUUCAAGCUUAAACCUUAUGUAUCCCAGUGCCUGAGAGAAGUCAAAACCACAGAGGCUUCUGAAUUAGCUAAAUAAUCAGAUUGAGUGAGAAGAAUUGUUUGAUUUUUUCUUUCUCAUCUAACUGCAGACUGCAGUUAUGUUGAACAAGUUGGAACAUGUUCUUAUGGUAUCAUAUGACUAGCUGGGGUCCUUGGCAGUUCUCUAUUCUUGUGCUAGUUACUAAACUAUUAACAAUUACCUGUAAUAUUGAGAUAUGGUUGAUUAAGAUAAAUGUAUGAAAUUUCAAUUGGAGAGCAUCAUUUAGAUGAACAUA